AUGGGGGCGUGGCGGGACCCAUCCCCUAAAGUCUACCCGCACCGUCCCGCCCUGGGUGCCAUGGAGGCGAGGGGCGCGCGCGCGGCCCUGUGCGGCGUCACGCUACUCUGCGCCCUGGGCCUGGGCCAGCGCCCCGCCGGGGCUCUGAGAUGCGGCCCUGAGCGCCUUCUGCGUGGAACCGGGACGGACGCGCGCUGCUGUCGCCGGUGCGCCCCGGCAGAGCCCUGCCCUAAGGUGGACUGCACGUGUGUGGAGCCGGGGUUCCACUGCGGGGACCCCCAGUGCACCAGCUGCAAGCAUCACACCUGCCCGCCGGGCCAGGAGGCGCGGCCCCAUGGGAAUUUCGAUUUCGGCUUUGAGUGUGUUGACUGCGCCACAGGGACCUUCUCUGGAGGCCAGGAGGGUCGCUGCAGACCCUGGUCAGACUGUUCCCAGUUUGGGUACCCCCCCAUGUUUCCCGGGAACAAGACACACAACGCCGUAUGUAGCCCGGGGCUGCCGCCCGCUGAGACGCAUGACGCGCUGACCGUCAUCCUCCUCUCCGUGACCGCCUGCGUCCUGGUCCUGAGCGCGGCCCAGCUGGGCCUGCACAUCUGGCAGCUGAGACGGCCGCGCGCGUGGCCCCCAGAGACCCAGCUGCUCCUGGAGGCGCCGCCGCCCGCUGAGGACGCCUGCAGCUGCCAGCUCCCUGAGGAGGAACGGGGAGAGCCGCUGUCCGAGGACAAGGGCCUGAGGCACCUGUGGGUGUGAGGCCUGGCUGCCCUCGGCUCCAGCAGACCCAGAGCCAGACCCUCCCAGGACGCGUCCCAGGGCUGGCCCAUGGGAACAGGGCUCUGCACUCCACCGUGGGGCCCCAGCUCUGGGCCCGGCCCUGCUCCCCUCGAUGGUGGAAGUGGGUGGGGGAUGGUGACAGUGACCAGUCCCCCAGACCGUGCAGAAGAGGCAGCAGCUGUGGCCAGACCCCAUGGGGCAUACAGCCGCAGCCGUGGCUGCUUCCCUCCCUUGCUGGCCCUGUUGGGGUUGUGGUGUCUGUGGGCCCCUGGCUUCCAGGACAGGAGGCGGGCCCAGUGCAGGACUUGGCUGCAGGCAGUGCUCAAUAAACACUGGUCCAGCGACUUGAGUGGCCAUGUUCUGGGGUGGGAGCGCAGGGAGGCGAGGCCCCUACCAGUACCCCCGCGCCCACCCACCGCCGGCUCCUUCCAGCCAAGGCGGGGCUGAGGGUUGGGCAGAAGUCAGGGCCGUCCUAGUCCUGGCCCAAGCGCUUAGCAGGGCCCUGGAAGGCUUCCUGGAGGAAGGGCAACAUGAUGGACACGUGUCCUGUGUGCCUUUUUGCUGCCCUGUCCAAACCCCCUUCCCUGGCAGUCCGCUUGGCGCUCUGGGACAGUUGGAUUCUGUAAUCUGUGCUGGUCACACAGUCUGCUGGCUCCCGGGAGGUGCCUGUCCUUGUGUCAUUCUGGCCCCAAGUCCAGGGCGAGGCUGGUUUCUACAGGCAACUCUUCCUGGUCAGGAGGGCAGCCUCUGAGGUCCCUGCCUUUGGCCCCCACCCUCUAGGCCAGACCUGCUGCUCGCCCCCACACCUCCCAAAUCGCUGUCGCUUGGGGCAUGGUUCUAGGCUCCCGCCCAUCACAGGUGAGCAGUGUCCUUCCAGCCUCUGGGCGGAGCUGGCACCUGCAGUUUGAUAAGGGCUUCUUGGCACUGCUGUCCAGGGUGUGGAAGGCCGGUGGAGGCUGGUCUGGACAGCAGGCCUGUCAGGUCCCGGAGCUGCAGCUCCCCCACGCCCCCCUUCCCGCCUGCCUGCCUCCCAGGAGGGCCCCUUGACUCACUGGCCCUCACCCCCACUCAGUCCCGUUGGGCUGCAAGGAGGCAGUGGAGAGAGCUGCGUGUGUCAUGCUCAGGGGCGUGACCCCCACCCCCUCCCCACCUCGGCGCAGUGUGGCCUCUCCACCCCUGGAACGAGGGGUGCUGACGGUGCCUUCCUGAAUUUACUCACAUGGGAAACAUCCUCUCCGUGCCUGCUGGAUCCCAGGCUCCCGGCACGCCCACAGAGCCCAUGUUCCAGGUGAGGGUCCAGGUGAAUUAGCUAAUAAAUGAGAAAAACACAGGUCGACUGGCUGGGUCUCAGGGGACCGUGGGAGACACCAUGUUGUGUUCCUGGGGGCCCCCAGCAGACUGCUCUGGGACCUGCUGGUCAUGCCCCUGGCCCCUCUUCUGUCUCCAGGCUAGGUCUCCGGCCUGCCAACCCCUUGUCCCCCCUGCUUCAGGGGGCCAGCUCUCCUCUGGGCUUCUCUUGUCACCUGGGUCACUUGACGGUCCCCCCCCCCACGGGUGGGGCACAUGGAUGCUCAGGGCUUCCUGGACCUUCCACAGGGGCUGCCUCAGGCUGCCCCAGGGCAAAGGGCUCCCCAGCCCUGGCUCGGCGGUCCUGG